CCCCACCUUGAGAGGCAGAGUUCUCCCUCCUCAAGGAUAUAAAAGUCUGUUUUUCUUCAGUGUUCAUUACCUUCUUCCACCAUGAAUGCACUCCUGAUCCUGGCCCUUGUGGGAGCUGCUGUUGCUUUCCCUGUGGAUGAUGAUGACAAGAUUGUUGGAGGCUACACCUGCCAGAAGAACUCUGUCCCCUACCAGGUGUCCCUGAACUCUGGCUACCACUUCUGUGGAGGCUCCCUCAUUAAUGACCAAUGGGUUGUGUCAGCAGCUCACUGCUAUAAAACCCGCAUCCAAGUGAGACUGGGAGAGCACAACAUCAAUGUCCUGGAGGGCGAUGAGCAGUUUGUCAAUGCCGCCAAGAUCAUCAAGCACCCAGACUUCAAUAGGAAGACCCUGAACAAUGACAUCAUGCUCAUCAAGCUCUCCUCCCCUGUGACUCUUAAUGCCAGAGUGGCCACUGUGGCUCUGCCCACCUCCUGUGCACCUGCAGGCACCCAGUGCCUCAUCUCUGGUUGGGGCAACACCCUCAGCUUUGGUGUCAGUGAACCAGACCUGCUCCAGUGCCUGGAUGCCCCACUCCUGUCUCAGGCUGAUUGUGAAGCCUCCUAUCCUGGAAAGAUCACUGAGAACAUGGUCUGUGUUGGCUUCCUAGAGGGAGGCAAGGAUUCCUGCCAGGGUGACUCUGGUGGCCCUGUGGUCUGCAAUGGACAGCUCCAGGGUAUAGUCUCCUGGGGCUAUGGCUGUGCCCUGCCAGACAAUCCUGGUGUGUACACCAAGGUCUGCAACUAUGUGGAUUGGAUUCAGGACACAAUUGCUGCCAACUAGAAAUUCCCAAUCCCUCUACAGUCACUAUACCAAUAAAGUGAAAUAUUC